AUGUGUUACCUCCAAAGUUCUGCUUUGAUGAUCUCUAAAUCGGAGUCUAUAAUUCAUCGAUUAAAAAACGAAUAUCCGAACCUUACAACAUUAAUGGAGUAUAAUAGAGAAGGUACUAUAGGAUUUUUGAAGGCCAAUGGUGGCGUUAAAGCCAUAGAUCCGCAAAGCGGCGUAGAAAGAAAGUUCAAAGAAGAAUUGAGACAAGCAAGAAAAUUAUUAACUAAUGAAAUACAUGAUACUCAUUUCAUCCGCUUUCCAUAUUGGCCCACUGUAGAAGAAGGUGAACAAGAAAGUAGUGUCGAAUUGGAUACUGGUAGCGUUUAUGAUACUGGUGCUUACUCAUUGGUAUAG